AUGUGUAGAAAGCAACCUGGUAUUGCUAUUGGGCGUCUUUGUGAAAAAUAUGUGAGACCUGAUACACUUGUUCGAAUAUGUGAUGAAUGUAAUUAUGGUUCGUAUCAAGGUCGUUGUGUGAUUUGUGGUGCUCCUGGAGUAUCUGAUGCAUAUUAUUGUAAAGAAUGUGUAUUGCAAGAAAAGGAUAGAGAUGGAUGUCCAAAGAUUGUGAAUCUAGGAUCCUCCAAAACAGACUUGUUUUAUGAACGGAAAAAAUAUGGAUUUAAAAAAAGAUAA